GCGCUGGGGUGCUGGCGCAGCUCGGGCGAUUACAUGCGGACACUUCGCUUUCAGCCAUGCCUGCCCCGGGAGCUCUCUGCCUGCUGUAAUUUUCUCCCUUUGAUCUCGCUGGAUCCUCUCUGGGGCUCCGGAGCUCCGCUUGCACCUACCUGCCUGCUGCGUGUGCGCGAGAGAGGGUUUUUCCUCUGGGUUUUUCUUCUGGUUUUUUUGCUACAAGUACCGAAUUUUUUUACUUAACGCCGAACGCGAACAGCAUCAGAGCCACACGACUUUUUUAAGCUACUGGAAAUAACUUUUGCCUGGGAUUUACAGCAGCAUUCCCUCCCGGCCCCUGCGGACUCCAGCAGGCUCGCAGCCUAACAGGUUUGCAAAGCUUUUUUUUUUUUUUUCCUUGUAAAUCCCCGUUUCUCUCCAUAGCCGUGCGAUCACCGUGACUUCGGUUUUAAUCGAAAACACCUCCCGUCUGAAUUCUCCCGGUUAUGAAGGCUCCUCGCUACGUUUCAUGUGACCUUUGGGCAGAGCAUGGAACUUUCUGUUUUAUUUUGUGGGGCCUUGAGUCGGGAUCUUCUUAAACGUGUGCUUGGAAGCGGUCAUACCGGAACUCGGGCGCGCACAGAAAUAGUGCCAGAGAAACCAGAUACGCCGUAACUUUCUGCCUGAUACCUGUUUGGCUUGGUGUCUAAACUUUUAUAAGUGUUUGGGAGGCCUUUUUAUUUCCCGGGAACUUGGAAGCUAUGAAGAGGAGCUCGGUGCUUUAUUAAUUACCCUGGAGAACUGCACCCGGAGUCAGACUCUUGAGCAUGGAUUGCUAGGAGAAAGGUAAAGCUGGUCUUGAAUGAAGCACUUCUGGCACGAGGAAGAUGGAAGGGAUCAACUCCAUUUGGAAGAGGAUGGUACCGAAGCAAACUUUCUUUUCAGCCUAAAUUCAAGGAAUACCACCUGCCUGAUUUCUGGGAAGGAUACCGAUCGGUGCAGAUAACAUUCAAGGCUGUGCCUGUGCUGUGGGAAACGCUGGCAAGGAGUUUGUUUGUUUAAAAUAUGCCUCUGAGCUCCCAGCGGCCCUUGAGCACGUGGCACCGAGGAAGAGGGCCGGCGAUGGCGAGAGCCAGCGUUGCCCGUUGAGCCGCGCUGGCGGUGGCCGAGCCCCUCUGUGCCGUGCCCGGGGUGUCUCUGGGAGCGCACACUCGGACCCCCCCAAGGAGCUUUUCCGCUCGGAUCCCGCCGCGGGGUGAGGACGCGUUCCCGACGGUAUGUGUGGCCCGAGCGCGCUGCUGCAGCUGGUAGCAUGAGUGCUGGCCCCCAGCUGCAGCUGGCUGUCCUCUGGCCUUGGCUGCUCAUGGCGACCCUGCAGGCAGGACUGGGCCACACUGGGCUGGUGCUGGUGGCCGCGGUGGAGUCGGAGCGGGCGGCGGCGCAGAAGGCCAUCAUCAGGGUGAUCCCCCUCAAAGUGGAGCCCAUCAUCCUGGAAGGGGAGUUCGCCAACGUCGCCGAGGUGACCCCGGCCGAAGGGAAGCUGCUCCAGUCCCACCCGCUGUCCCUGUGCAACACCAGUGAGGAUGAACACACCGAGUCAGGAUUCAUCACCAUCGUCAAGCUGGAACAGCCAGACCGGGACCCCAACCCCUGCCUGUCCCUGGCUAACAAGGCGAAGCUGGCGGGGGAGCGUGGAGCCCGUGCGAUCCUUUUCGACAUCACUGACGAUGAAAGUGCUGCUGAUCAGCUGAGGAAGCCCAGAGGCCUGAGCCAGCCUGUGGUUCUGAUCAGGGGCCACGACGCCGAGCAGCUCAUGAGCGUCGUGAACAAGAACAGAGAGGCCCAUGUGAAGAUAGAGGUCAAGGAGCCACCAGCCUGGCCAGACUACGAUGUGUGGAUUCUCCUCACGGUGGUCAGCACUGUGGUCGUCAUCGUUUUGAUUUUCGUUGUCCGCACAAAGUGCCAACUGAACAGGACUCAGGACUCCGUGCAGCAGCAGACCCUGCAGGCCAUCGGGCAGUUGGCCACGCGCCGGUACCAGCCCCGGUGCCGCCCGGCGUCGCGGUGGGACUCGGCCAGCAGCUGCAGCUCCGCCCCAGUCUGUGCCAUCUGCCUGGAGGAGUUCAGCGAGGGCCAGGAACUGCGGAUCAUCUCGUGCUCCCACGAGUUCCAUCGGGAGUGCGUUGACCCUUGGCUGCAGCAACACCACACGUGUCCCCUUUGCAUGUUCAAUAUUCUUGCCAGAGACUCAACGGACCAGGCCAUGGCCACCAGCUCCAGGCUGGCCCCUCAGGACAUGGAGCCUGGACGGCGACUCCACCUUUUCCGCCAGCACCCAGGACAUGCCCUUUACCACCUCCCACACCCGUAUCCUCAGAGGAACCUCAGGAGCUUUCUCCCGGAGCCAGCCCAUGGCAACCCCUUCUUCCACUCCCCAGAGCUCUCCCAGCUGGAUUUUGACACCAUCCACUACAUGCCCUACAGACCGGCCCCCUCCCUGCUCGCCUGCGGCCACACGUCCCCGCUGGCCCCGGGCUUGCUGGGCCAGCAGCUCCCCGUGCCCUCGGCUUGUGGGCAGGCGCUGGCACCCCACAGGACGUGUUCCCUGCAGCCCCAGCCCCCCUGCCCCGGGCUCAAGGCAACCCUGGCACAGAAGCAGCACCGCACACCCGCCCUGCGCCGGGGGGUGAGCCACGGGCACCAGCACAACAGCAGCGGCUCCGGGGAGAGUUACCUGACGGAGCACAGCGGGUACCUGGCGGACGGGCCGGGCAGCGACUCCAGCUCGGGGCCCUGCCACGGCUCCUCCAGCGACUCCAUGUUGAACUGCACGGACGUCAGUCUGCAGGGCAUCCACGGCAGCUGCUCCACGUUCCGCAGCUCCCUGAGCAGCGACUACGAUCCCUUCGUGUACUGCAGCUCCGAGGGCCCCGCCACGGACCACGGCCAGGAGCCGCUGCGGCCGCCCAGGGAGAGGCGGCCCAGGUCCUUGGACCUCAUGGUGCCCGGGGGAGCUGCUCCAGCCAAGCCCCAGGUGCUCAGCCACGUCCACUACCACCACCACCAGCACCACCACUACCGACGGGACACGGAGUGUGCCCCCGGACGCGCCGGGCAGGGACCUGUGCCACGCAAACCCCGCUACUCUGGGGCCAAGGUUGGCUUCCACGGGGCUCGGACACAAAAGAGGACUGAGAAGAGCCAUCACUGCCAGCAGCCUCCGGAAAGCAGCGCUGUGCUGCAGGAGGCAGCUCUGGCAGGACAGCCAGCCUGUCCCCAGGAAGGCCGGGAGCCCCCUCAUGCCCUCUCCACUUCUCCAAACAGGUUGGACUUCAGUGUAGAUGCCAACAGACAGUUGGGAGCAGCUGGCACAUCCCUUGCCCUGCUGCCUCCAAGACACAGCCUGCAGAGCCGGCAUCACCGAAGGAAAAGAAAGUGUUCCCUGGAGCCCGACCCCGCUCUGCUGCCCAAGGACUCGGCCUUGCCCAAAGCCUGCGAUACUCACCUUCCCCACGGCCAUCCCAGUGGCUCCCGCUGCUCUCCCGAGGUCCAGCCCCUGAUCCCAAGCGCUCCCCUGCCCAGUGGCUCCGGCUCCCGGCCGCUCUGGAAGUGUUUGGUGCCGCAGUCCAGCUCCGAGCUGAGGAAGCAGGAGGAGGGGGUGUCGGGACGGGAGGGAACCCGCCCGGUUCCUGCGGAUUUCUCAGGGACAGGCACCCACAGACACAGUCUGAGUCUCCACCUGCACUGCCCGUCCCAGCAGGGUGGGCAGGGAUCUGAAGAGGAGGUCCAGGAUGUCCAUGAACACUCAGUCUAAUGAAACACUGGCCUGUUUGCUCCCUGGGAGCUGGAGUGGACACAGAUGUUCAGCAGGAGGAGUUCACACCUCGCUCUCUGCACAGGACCGUGCGAUGCCCAGCCCGGCCCCGCCAGACACAGACUGCAAACAGCAGUGGGGCACUUGUGGUCUCCUCACACGUCCCCACAUUGCAACAGUCCCACAAACAGAGCUGUGCUCUCCAGGCCCCCUUCUCUGAAGGCACAGGCAGCCCGUGGUCACCCUGUGGCACCUCUGCGUGGGCUGGGCAGAGGCACCAGCGGGAGAGCUCAGCGAGGGAGUGCAAGCUGCUAUUUUGGCAUGUUCAUGCCACAGAAGGUUUUGCUAAACACUUCAAAAAUAAACAAGCCUUCGAGACCAAAAGCUGCAGAAAUGACUUUCUGUGGCCUGGUAGCUCCUGACUUCAUUUCCUUACUUAGGUCAAAAGCCAGACUUCUCCAAUUAAGUUUUCCAUGCCUAUUUCAGACACAGGAACAAGCUAUUCUCCAUCUCACCGCUCACAGGUCUGCCCUGCAAGGUGCUGCUUCUGACUCCAGUGGAAACCAACAGCUCUCACCACUUCUGAUCCCUCCAGUGCCCCUCAGCUGACGCCGUCUCGGCCAUUCCCUGCAUUUGGCAGCAGCAGGAGAGGUGAAGACACAGGGACAACGUCAGCACUUCUGGGAAGGAGCUGGGUCAGACUCUUUCCAUUGCAAAGAAUCCACCCUCUCAUCUGGCAAUGUGAACAAGUCUCUCACUCACCCUCUAACUCCUCCACCCACCCUCAAACUAGGUGUCAUGGCCAGCCCUGUUAAGAGCAACUCAUUUUUUGAGCGUGUUUCAAACCUGAGGUGUCCCCGUCACAGGAGUCAUGGAAAAUCCUUGAGUUCACGUGGUUCCUGCUGCUUCCUCUCUCACUGCCUCAAGACACAGCAAAAAUUCCCAGCAGAAGCCUCCAUAAUAAAUGCAGAGCAGGGCCCCAUCCAUCGCCCAGCCUUAUCUUCAUAUUUCUGAGACACCUGAAAUGAUCCUCUGAAGGAAUUUUUCAGAAUACCCUUCUGUCUUUUCCAACAUUUUGAUGAUGCAGGGAGAAAACUCGAGAAAUCAUCAGGCUCCAGUUUAUUACUUUCCCCCCCUCCCAUUUGUGGAAGGUUUUGGGGGUUUUUUUGGAUGCCACCAGUUCUUAUUUCCUACGUCUCAUAAUUUGCAGACCUUCAAGUAAAAUAAAACCUGCCAAAUUCAAAACAUCUAGAACCCAAACAGCUUCCAAACAGCAGGGAAUUCCUGUUGAGCUCAUUGCCCUAAAUGAUCAGUCAGGCCAAAGAAUCAGAUUCCCAUGUGAAGUGCACAUUUAUAUGGCACCAAGUGCUUCCAAGCACAGGGAAACACUGCUGGAUACAACACUGGAGCUGAAGGUAACUCCUGACAGUUUGAAACCUGGGGUAGGAACAGGCUCCCCCGUGUGCUCAGUGCUCAGCAACCCUCCUGUGUCUUCCUUUGAAUCAGCAGCAGCUUCUCCAGCUCGAGGGAGAGCACACCGGUUAUGCAGUCCCAGUUCAGGAUAAUUCUGCCUCUGCCUUCGUUUGUGGUGAGGAAAGCUUUUUAUGGGGUUUGCUGCCCUUAAUCCUUGGAAAAAAGGCAUCUUUCUCCCAGCUGCUCAUCAGCCCCUGACAGUCAGUGAUCAGCCAAUAGCACUGUUUCAUUAUUCCCUUGCUAUUCCCUUCCCUGUCUCCUGUGACUGAGCCCCUGCAGGACCUUUCAGUGUAGAGAAGAAACGAAUUUCUUUCAUCAAAGAACCCACCAGAAUUACAUUUAAACCUUUCCAGGCUCUUCUUGCAGGCAGAAGACACGAGCUCAGAUGUUUUCUCCCUUGCAGGGAAGUCAGUUUUCAACUAGAGGAAAAUACCCAGGAGCAGAUCCAGAUUUGCCCUGUUUGGCUUCUUGUGGACUUUGUCCAUGGCUUGUCUCAACCAGCUCCCCACGUCCUUGACCAUUCUGGAGGGCUCAGAGGACUUCACAGAGGGGAGGGCCAUGAAGUCAGGGUGCUCCCACUGUUCUCUUUAGGAGUCAAGAAGGCUGAGAGCUUCCAGGGAUGCAUUUCACUGCUCAAAGGAACAAGUGGGCUCUUUUGCAGUCAAAAGUCCUCCUCUCUUUUCCCUCCUUAUCCCUAACUACACAAAGAAUCUGCAGCAAGCCCCAAGCUUCUUGGGAGCACUAAUGCACCCUCCACUCCCCACUGCAGUAUUACCAGGGUGCCAGGGCAGUGCCUGCUUCCAAGUGUUUCCCUUUCCUGACCUUAUGCUGCUGCUCCUUUUCAUCUAGAAACGGCCCUGCUGGAUGUUGUCCUGCUCUGUGGGCCUUGUUCAGCUGCAGGUCUGCCUUGGUGGGGGCCCAGGUGGGAGGAGAGGGGGGAACUCUCUGGGAAGGUGAGUUUUACGAUCCUUUUCGGUAGAUGGGUGACUGUCCUUGGCUGCCAGGAAGGGAAGAAGCAAUAUCUGAGAAAACAGGGAAUGGCUCCUCACAGUUCCUGUACCUCUGGCUUCUGGGUGAUGCUUUUGAGUGCUCAGUAUGCAUGGGCUCCAUCACGGAAUUUCUCCAGCAUCCCAGCAGUGAAGCAGAGCUCAUUUUCCUUCAUUGCAUCCAAGGCUGAAAACUGAUGGAAACCAGAGCAUCCCAAGGUCCCUCUGUCCCAACCGAAGGCCCAGCCCUUCCCCAGGGACCCCCUUUUUCCCAGGAGCUCCCACCCCCUGAGCUGGGAUCCACGACUGGGCUGGCUGGACAUCCCCCCUCCUACACAGAUCCUUCAGAUCCUUCGGAAAUGUGAAUAUUGGUUUGUUUUGUUGUUGUUGCUUCUUGUUUAGUUUGGUUUUUUUUGCUGAGUCUGUCCUGGCUCUCGGGGCUUGGGAAUAAAUUAUGACCCAGGGAAAAAAAAACCAAAACCAAAACCCAAAAAAACCCCACUGCAAAAACAAUCCAAAAAAAAAAAAAAAAGGAAAAUACGUUUUAUAUAUAUGCCAAACUGUGUAUUUAUGUCCGAUCCACACAGAGAUGUGUGAAUAUGCUGAUGUGCUCAGAAAUAUAUUUAUUUACUAAUAUAUUUAUCCAGGUA